CAGGAACCUGCGCCUUAGCCUUUUCCAGAUGGAUUCCAUCGAAUCACGCUGCAACCUUAGGCCCGCCUCUUCCAAUCAAGUUCACCCAGUAGUCACUUCCGUUUGCCGUCUAGAGUACGCGAAAGUUUAGCUUUUUGCCCCCAAAUUCCACCGUGCCCCUUUUGGACCCUUCCCAUGCGACCUCUUUCCCCAUCGAACAAAUCAUAGACCUCGCCCUGUGAUGUGCGGCCAUAUUUAGUUCUCUGCCCCCCCUCCUCCCUCUUUCAACCCUGCAGAUCUUCCGUCUCUUUGUUUCCAGGCUCCAGAGAAGAUUAAUUGUUGAGGCGACACCAACUCUUGUCUCAAAUCUGAGCCUAACGUCGUGUCAAAAGCCCCCACCAGACCCUGACUUUUUUUCUUUGCUUUCUUAAAAGCGUCCCCACCCCCAAGUGAUUUCCCCCCCCUUCUUGUCCGAGUCCACCUCCUUGUCGGCACAUUCCUACCAUCUACGACUGCGACAACUUUCACUUCAACCACGUUUGCGAUUACGCCUACCAGUAUUCUCUCUUGUCUCUCGUCCUCUCCACUGCCCAUCAUGGGUUCCUGCGACACCACCAAUGGCGCUCCCGCCCUGCGCUACAUCCCCCUCACCUAUACCCCGGCCGACUCCCAGGCCUCCGCACUGCGCCUAAUCUUGACCCUCUUCCCCCACUGGGAGGGCCCCGGCAACAAGAUCGAGUUCGUGCGAUUCACCGAUGGCAUCACAAACACUCUCCUGAAAAUUAUCAACCGCAAGGCUGGCCUGACGGAUGAGGAGAUAGACAAUGAUGCGGUCCUGAUGCGCGCGUAUGGAAAUGGCACAGAAAUCCUUAUAGACCGUGAAAGAGAAACCACUUCCCAUGCCCUCCUUGCCAGCCGUGGUCUGGCUCCUCCCCUUCUCGCCCGCUUCAACAACGGCCUCCUCUAUCGCUUCAUUCGCGGCAAGCCCUGUGGCCAUGAAGACCUCGUCACUCCUCCUAUCUUCCGAGGUGUAGCACGCAAGCUCGCACAAUGGCAUGCCGUACUCCCCAACACCGGUGCUGGCUCGGCACCCACGAACGGAGUCGAGAAGCACGAUACCGACUUGACACCCAUUCAAACCCGCCGGGCUGGUCCCUCUAUGUGGGCAGUCCUCCAGCGAUGGGUCCUCGCUCUACCCGUGGCAACCCCCGAGCAGCAGGCCCGUCGCUUGACUUUGCAGAAGGAACUGGAAUGGGUGGUGGGCCAGCUGGAUGAUGGUGUCGGCAUUGGUGAAGACGGCCUUGUUUUCGCUCACUGUGAUCUCCUUUGCGCCAAUGUCAUCGUUCUGCCCGAUGACGCGGGCGUGCAGACCGAGGAUGGCAUCGCCCCGGUCAACUUCAUCGACUACGAGUACGCCGUUCCUGCCCAAGCGGCCUUUGACAUUGCCAACCACUUGGCCGAGUGGAUCGGCUACGACUGUGACUACAAUAUGAUCCCCACCCGCUCGGUUCGCCGUCAAUUCCUCACCGAGUAUACCAAGAGUUAUUGCGAGAAUCGCGGACUCGACGCUUCUUCGCAGGCCGAGAUCGUCGACCGUCUCUACCAGGACGUGGACCGGUUCCGUGGUAUCCCCGGGUUGUACUGGGGCGUGUGGGCUCUCAUCCAGGCCCAGAUCUCGCAGAUUGACUUUGAUUACGCCGACUACGCGGAGCAGCGACUGGGCGAAUACUGGGCGUGGAAGCGCGAGGUCGAUGGCAGCCGCAAACAGGCUGGCGAGGAGAUGCCCCUCCGUGAAAAGCGCUGGGCGCAGGAGGCAUGAGGAACGAGGCUUGACACUAUCACCCCUCCUACCCCUCCAUCUCCUCGCAAAUGGCCUGCCUUGUCCCUUCUUGUCGCUCCACCCAACCCCCUCCUCUCCUCGCUUCCUAUCUCCACUGCAUCUGCAGGCCUUCUCCUUGACUUGACGACUCAUUUCAUUUAAAUCCUGCUUUUUCUUGCAUCUUGCAUUGGCAUUUGCAUCUCCAUCCCACCUGGCCCAGCGGCAUAAACGCCCACCCGCAAUCGGCCCCUUUCGCUCGCCACGCCCCACAACCUUCGCUGUCGACACUAGUCACGACCUGCCCAAACCCCUGGUAAAAAUGGACGCACGCUUUUUUUUUUGCCGCUGGGCCACCCGUGGCUCUGUGGUACGCCAAUUUCUCGUCGUGCGCCGAGACUAGCUGCCCGCGAUGACGCCGCCUGUCUACAUCAUCACUCUCCACUUGGCGGAGAGUUCUGGCGUAGCUAGUCGCGCUUAGCGGUGUUCUGCCAUUGCCAUGUGUCGCUGUUAUCGUGACCCGAUCUCGGUAGCGACCAAUGAGUGCGGGAAAGGGGAACCACGUGCUCGAGCGGAGCGAAAGGAGGCCCGUUGCAGGCGCGUUAUGUAUUGCGACGUCAUUUGUGGUCUUCAACGACGGUGUUGGGGCUUCUUUCUAAAAAUCAUGGUUAAUUCGUUUUAUCUAUCGUUCCUAGUCCCUCGGUCGUUUGUCUCUGGUUAUUUCCUUUGCUUAUUCCUGUCUUUUUUGCACUGCACAUACUGCUGGCUUGUGAGGGGUAUUUGAACUUUGGAUCUACCCCGGUGAAGAUAUAGCAAUACCAAUACAGGGAGCCAUUAGCUAGGUUAAUGAUAAUAUACUUGGUGUUGAAACACUCUUGUGAAGCUUAGAACCUCGAUAAUUCAAUUUAUCGGGUUACAGAUCUUUAUUGCAAUCUCAUAC